AAUAUGUGAACUGUGUAGAGUUUGUAGAUCACUGGAAAAAGACGUAUAUUUAAAUAUCUAUUCAACAGAAGGAGCUCCACACCCAGGAGCAAAAGCAAUAAACGCAUGUAUCACUGAUCUUCCACAUAUUUGUGCUGUUUUGACUUGGAUAUUCUCAAAGGUUAUAGUGCAGUGCAUUAUUAAACUCCCUCAGAUAAAUAUAUAAUGGUUGAGUUCUUAAAAACUGGUGUAAACUUGGGCCUGUUAUUAAAAAGUUUAUCUUGUUCCCCAAAACAGCACUGAGUUCGGCACAAGUACUGGCACACUGUCAGUGGAAAAGUGAUAUCAGUAGCUUAACCGUCACCGCAAAGACAUCUUUCAGAUUCCUUAAGGGAUCAUUUACAAUAUAAAUUCACUUAAAUGCAUGUCUUAAAACUUGUAUUGAAAAAAUACACGAGUUCCAGAGUUCAAAACAGCUAUAAAGGUCCUGGUAAUGGAAAAUUUAUUGAUUACUAAAUGGACUUUGUGCAAAUAUUAUGCAAGUACUAUGAAAUGAAAAGAGAGCAACAGUACUGUAUUUACCCACCAGGGCAGGUGUUAUUGUAAUCCAUUUUUAAACACCUCUGUUGUCAAGGAGGUUUUCAUGGCUUCGAUGCCACAGAAGAUUACAGGUGAAGUAUUGUGAUAAUCACAUAAUCCAGCCAGCGAGAGAGAUAAUGACAUAUUAGAAAAUAACCAGAGAGCUUGGAUCCCUCCAACCCCAUGCAAAGUCCCCAAAAUAGAGCUGUAGAAGCCUUUUUAUAUGAAGAAAUUGGUUUAUAGGGUUCCGGGUCAUGCAGUCUUAUUUGACUGUAGCAGACAGCAGCAGGAAAAGGGAAGUCAUAAUUGUUAUGGCAGGCGGGGUUAUACUAAAAGAGAUGACGCAAGGAGUUUAACUCCAUAAAAGAUCCCAGUUCUUGAGUCACAGUCCAUGUCUCAGUGAGGGAAGAUGUUCCUCUUGAUGGGUCCUACAUCCCAUCUCCAUGUACAGAACCUCUCCUAUUUCUCCUACUUCUCUGAGCUCCAUCAUUCAUGCUGGUUUGCACCAAUAAUUGAGACUAUGGUUCUACUGAUCCUCUUUUUAGUCUCGGUGGUUGGCAACCUUGGUGCGCUUAUACUGGUCAUCCAAGAGAGGCGACUAGCUAACACCAUCUUAACCGUGAACCUUUUCCUGGCGGACCUUUUGUUUGUCAGCACCGUUCCUUUUGUCAUUGCUGUGAGGUGGACCAAGGCAUGGAAGCUGGGCUCUGCUGCCUGCCACUUGAUCAUGUACUUCAUCAGCGUGAGUGGCAUCGUUACCAUCACCACGCUGGCCGCCAUCAGCAUCGAGAGACUGCUUGCAAUCUUGAAGAUGGAGACUACACCCAGCCUAAAUCCCAAAUGGACACAUGGAGUGCUCCUUCUUAUCUGGUUCUUCUCUGCUGUUGCAAUGUUACCUCUUUCUCUGUUCUCCAGGCUGAUACCAGUCAUCUCCCCUCAACAGGUUAUGACAGUUGCAUUUGUUUUUGUUUUUUUUAUAUUGUCCUACCAAGGUUUGAGAGUGCAUUAUAGCUCUCUGUCUUUGUUCACAGGGAGAAAUGCAUAUAUGCGCUCUUAUAUGGCCACAUUUAAUGGGCGAGAUUGUGUGGUAUGCUGUCUUCCUUGCAUUAGGCUUCCUGGUACCGGGUUCUAGCAUUGUAAUCAGUUACACCAAAAUCUUACAGGUAAAAGAUAUAUAAAUCUAUGGUUUCCAGGUAUGGUAAACACUUCUUGUAUCUAACUUAAACAUGUAUCAAAUAUUGACAGAGAGAGAGGAGACAAGAAAAUAGCAGUCAGCUGUAGACUGAUAGCAUUAUUUUUCAUUAGUGAUUUUAUGUAAUCAUUGUAAAGGGCAGCAAAAAAAAAAAAAAAAAAAAGAGAUCCUAGUCUAUUCUCUUAGCAGUGAAUCAUUUAUCUUAUCUAAAGUGGGAACAGAUGGUGUCAUGAGAGGAUGUGAUAGAGCAGUGAAAACUCAAAAUUGCACAAAUGCUAGGUUGCAAAUCCUCAAAUUGAGAAACAAUGUUUUAUAUAAUAAUAAUAAUAAUAAUAAUACUCUG